AUGGCGACCCCAUUCAACCCGUUUGGUGGACGCGGCCAGAGAGGAGCAACUAUCUCUGCGCCUACGUCUAGCCGUGGACGUGGAGUACCAUCUGGAAGAGGAGCUCCGGCCCACCGAGGCACUCAAUUCCAGCCACGAGGUUCUCUAUCCAGCAUACCCAGAGGAACAACUAGUACCAGUCGAGCACGAGGAUUACCGCAACCUCGAGGACGUGGCCGCGGUCGCGCUCGGGGCUCUGUAGCUCCCCCACACGCAGGCGCGUCGCACCCAGGAACUACAGAAAGCCAUGCUCAACCCCAAGCCACCGCAUCUCAUUUCAACCAAGUCAAUGAAAAAAAGCCGUCUCCCAACCCCUUUGGAGGGUUUAACACCGAGCCCAAACCGUCGAUUUCGGGUUUCUCAAAGGUGCCCGUUUCGCAGACGUCCUCGUUCAACCCACAGACUGCCCCAUUCAAUCCCCAAAAUGCAAAAAAGCAAAAUGGGACAAUCGAUCUCGACACUGAAAUGGAGCCGUCAGCUGCAAAGAAGCUUGAUAUACGCUACGAACAGCUUAAACUCGAUCGAGCAAAGCAACGACUUCUAGCCAUUCGAGAUGGCCAGAUGGCUGACCCUCAGAAGCCAACGUCACUUAACAAUGCUAUCACGCCCGUCGGCACCUGCGACACGAUGUGCCCUGAUUUCGAAAGGGUUGAGCGUAUCGUUCAAAAGAUGGUUGACAAGAGCGAAAAGUCUCUGGACCCGGUAAAAGGUACUCUCGAAACCGUUGAGCUUAAAAUGCUGAAACGGUUCCGACGUUCCGCCGCUGGCUACGACGAGCAGCUACCUUCUGAUAUCCGUACUCCCAACGCGUUGCUUCAGACCACUAACUAUCUCAUCCGUCACAUCCUUGGUGGUAAUGAGCCAUUGGGAAUCAUACACAAAUUUGUGUGGGACCGCACACGGUCCGUUCGCAACGAUUUCUCCGUUCAGCAGCUUACACAGGAAAGCGAUGUCAAGAUUGCCGUGACUUGUCUGGAAAGAAUAGCCCGGUUCCACAUCAUCUCUCAUCAUAUCUUGUCUAGCCCGGAAAACGAAGAGCCAUUCGAACAUCAUCAAGAGCGUGAGCAAUUGAACAACACUAUGCUUUCCUUGAUGUAUUACUACGAUGACAACCGAGGUCGUAUUGAUUUCCCAAACGAGGAUGAAUUCCGCGCUUACCACAUCAUUCUUUCUAUCCACGAUCAACGACCUGACCUUGAGGCUCGUGUGUCGAGAUGGCCUACUUCGCUUUUGACAUCGCCUCGUGUGAAGGUCGCUCUGGAUCUUUAUGCAGCUGCUUGCAAUACAUGGGAGCCACAGGCAACCUUGGAUGUGCGACGAACAAAUGCUAUCGCACAGGGAUUCUAUGCUCGCUUUUUCAACAUCAUCAAUUCGCCAAGUGUGUCUUACUUGAUGGCCUGUGUUGCUGAAAUCUACUUCAUUGAUGUUCGCAAAACGGCACUCCGCAGCAUCUGGAAUGGAUACUGGAGACCCCCGUCCAAGUCCAAUCCAGACCAGAUGCAAAGUACUCGCAAAGAGGAAUGGAUGAUGUCGGAUCUAACAAACAUCUUGCAUUUUGAUAAUGACGAACAAACUGUGGAAUUCUGCCAGCAGCAAAACCUGCCAGUAGGAGAGAGUAUCUAUGGCAAAUACUUGAACUGGAAUUUCAGGGGGCCACAAAACAUAUUCCCGUCUGGAGGGCGCGAGCACACAUACUCAGAGUCGUGCGUGGAGUUCAAGCGAGCUGGACGAAGCUUGAUUGCGGUGAUUCUGGGUAUGAGCGUGCAAGAAGCAGCCAGAACGAGCAUGAUCGACAAAUUCGAACUGCACGCACGCCAAGAACCCUCGUCUCGUACCGCAACUGGAGUGAUGGAUAAUAAUAUGGACAUGGAGGUUGUCCCUACGACAGAGCCUGAAAAUCCCACGUUCAUUUCAGACCAACUCGUGGACUCUUCUGCCUCGAGCACUCCGAAUCCCUUCCAGAACGCAUUCUCUACCGGGAAUAACUCUCCUCUUGGCUCGACUCAAAUACCAAGUGUCCAGCCAAGCAUGCCUACCUCACAACCUUCAAAUCUGUUUCAACCCUCUCAGUCUCCUAAUCCUUUCGCCUCCAUGUUUCCUGCAAGCACUGAAACUAACAAACCCGUGGCAACGCCGACUCCUCCACCCAAGCCCUCUCCUGAUAUUAAAGAGGCUAGCUUUCUAGCUACCUUCACACCUCAGCCUGUGCCUGCUCCAUUGUUUCAGACCACAAAGCCAUUGUUUCCUUCAACAGAGACAAAAGACACCAGUACACAAGAGGCUCCUUCACAGGCGUCUGGUUUCAAGCCAGCUUCGCCGUUUAAUUUUUCGGCCCCAACCCCUGCGCAAACCUCAACACCAACAACAACUCCAACCCCAACUCCAAGCACUCAUUUCUUCCCAACCCAAAGCACUUCAGCUCAAUCCUCACAAUCUCUGUUUCAACCCUCGCCAGUUCAAAAGACAUCCCCAAGUCUAUUCCAGCCUGCCCAGCCUAAGGAGCAGCCUAAGGAGCAACCCUUGACAGCCUCCAGUCUCUUUCCCUCUGCACCACCGACAACAACCUCACCUUUCAGUACCUCGACAUCUGGGGACCCAGCUGCCACGCCUCCUUCAAUUUUCACGCCGCCUCCAGCUGCUAUGCCACCUCCAGCUCAACCUACCAACUCCAUGUUCCAAUUUCCAGCCCCUUCUGUGCCGGCAAAAGAACAGGCUAAGGAAUCGAACAUCUUCUCGCAAUCUGAAAGCAAGCCGGCCUUCGCCUUCUCUCAACCCGUAUUUGCGAAGCCACCAGUUGAGAGUUCUGCUCAAAGCCAGAGCCAUGUGUCUAUGGGGACGACGACUGAGACCAGUCAGCAAGGCCUCAACCAACCUACUCCUUCCUUCUCUGCUUCCUUACCGGCUGCUGAACCUUCUAAAUCUUCUGGAAAGCAACCGUGGCAAGAUGGACCACUCAUGGAUGAAACAGAAGAGGAUAGGCAAGCUGCUUGGCGCAGACUUCUUGGGCGCGUUUCGGAAAAGCAUGAACGUCAGAAGCGCCAAUCCCUGAUCAAGGAACGAGAGAAUGAAAUCACUGGUCACCAACCACCUGAAGAAGGAUCUCAUCACCAAGAAUCCGUACAAGGAUCUCCUAAAAAAAGAGCCUGGAGAGAGUCGUUUGGGUCAGUGGGACGAGAGAUGAAACAGCUCAAGGUAUCUGAUUUGGUGCCCAUAUCCUCGUCCAAUGGCAGUGCCUCUACUAUUGACGACACCACCAAGGCACCCACCAAGGCACCUGCUGAGGAACCCGCGAAGUUCCCCGAUGAAGAGGCACUCGAUUGGUAUCUGGGACCUCGGAAGACACAGGCGAGGACACUUGAUGACUUUCUCAAAGAAGGGAUUUUAUCUCCUGGUAUGAAAUUUGAUGAAGCACUUGAUGAGCUAUCAAAAAAGGGCCAUGUUCGUCAGAAACCGACUGAGGAAGAGCUCGACAGAAUAUGCGACCAGCAUAUCGACGAAGAUGGUGUUUUUAGAAUUGGCAGAUACUCUCUGGAACACGCACCAUGGAACGACCCUGUCGAGCAACAAAAAUUCCUGGAGCGCCAAAGGAGAAUGCGCGCUGAAAUUCAGGAGCGCGAGCGAAAAGAGUUCGAGGACUACAUGAGGAAAGCCAAAGAGGCACGUGAGCUCUACGAAUCAGGAUCAAUCCUCGAUCCGGACUUCUCUACACUUCCCGACUACCUAACAGAUCCAAAACUUUUCCGAAACAAGGAUAGUCCUGAUCUUCGUUAUGUCAGACCAUGGAAUGCCACCUGGGAGGACUUCCGCACCGAAAACUGGGUCGCUGAUGACGAGGAGUAUGAUUACACUACCUCGCUAGGUCGAGCCUUGGCCUUCACGGAUAAGACUGUGCGCCGUGUUCGUGCUUACUAUGAUGAACGUUGCCCUGGCUGGGAUGCUGAAUGGAAUCCAAACCGUCGUCCUAACCGAAAGUUCAAUAUGAGCAGAAUGCGCCACAACGCCUCAAUCAAAGAGCCGCUGCUUUCUGAGAGUCUGAGACCCGUCACGAGCCAGAACCCAUUUACUCAGAGUCUCAAAUCUUCGACUAGCCAAAGCUCGUUUUCUCAGAGUGAGGUUCAGCAGUCGCCGCCCGGCCAAGAUCCGUUCGUUGAGGAUCAAAAGUAA